GGAUCGGAGAGGCGGGGCUUCCGGCGGUAUGGGUUGUCACUUUGCAGACCGGCUUCAGGCCACACGGGUGAUCCCGAUUGGUGCAUGAAGGGCCUGGCCCACUCUGCACUCUCUAGUAGGUUCUGGGGACCCAAGACUAGGGCAAGUGAGAACCGUACUAGCAGUUGCCCGAUUCGAGCCGUGGCUCAGCACACGGCGGCACCGCAAGCCGGCGGCCCUGUCUCCUAGCCUCAGUUUCCCCUGUUGGCUCAUAGGCAGCAGUUGAGACCCUUAGGGUUGUGCCGAAGCCACGCAGUCUCCAUCCCCCUAGCCGCAGCCCGCCAGCAGUCCUCUGGGCGUACAACGCCCUUCUCUGACCGGGAAACUGAGGCCCAGGAGGGCUGCACGAGGCCGUGGGCGGGGACGGGCUAUGCCCAGGUCUCCCGCCCGUCGUGCCCGGCCCCCACUGCAGAUUCCGGUGGCGGCAACCUGGCCCCUGACAGAUCCAGCGCGGGGCUUGAUGGCCUUUGAGGACGUGGCCGUGUACUUCUCCCAGGAGGAGUGGGUGUUCCUGGAUGCAGCCCAGAGGGCCCUGUACCGUCACGUAAUGCUGGAAAACUUCGCACUUGUAGACUCCAUAGGACCUUCUGUCUCCCGGCCUCGUGUAAUCAUCCAACUCCAGCGUGGAGAGGAACCCUGGGUUCCCAAUAGGACAAAUACAGGCCCAGGCAGGGUUACCCACAGGAGAGCCAGCCUUGGAUCAAAUUACAGUGCAAGAGACAGACAUGUUUCUGGAGCACCUCCAGGGGCCACCUGUGACAGGCCUGAUAGGAUACCUACUAGUCUCCUUCCUCCUGCCGAUGCCUACCCUGAUGCAAAAAUUCUAGAGGGACACCAAAGUGCCUGCCCAUCUCUACAGAGAAAACCCACAGGGGUAUCAGUGAUUUACUGGGAGCAGCUACUGCUAGGUUCCAGCAGCAAUGAGGCAACAGUCAGCCUGCGAUUGACCUCCCCAGUAGGGGUUCCUGAAAAUGGUUCAUCCAGAGUGAAGGUCUUCUCUGACCUUCUGGCCCCAGGGAAACAGGCAACGAUAGCAGGGCAGCAAAAGCCAGAGAUGCAGCUAACCCCUAGGAGAACUUGCCAAAGCAUCCCAGAUCUCCAUGGGGCUGAGGAAGGAUGUGGGAUGAGUGGGGCUUGGCAUGAGUCUCAGGAAGACCCCAGUGUUCCAGAGUCCCCAAUAUGGGAUGAGCUGGGAGAGACCCUCCAGGCUAGCCCAGGUCUUCUUUCUGGCGACAAAUCUUUCGAAUGUAGGGCGUGCAACAAAGUGUUCGUGAAGAGCUCAGACCUCCUCAAGCAUCUGCGCACUCAUACUGGAGAGCGGCCAUAUGAGUGCGCCCAGUGCGGCAAGGCCUUCAGUCAGACAUCCCACCUGACUCAGCACCAGCGCAUCCAUAGCGGUGAGACACCCUAUGUGUGCAUGGUGUGCAGCAAGGCCUUCCGACACAGCUCCUCACUGGUGCGGCAUCAGCGCAUCCACACUGUCGAGAAGUCAUUCCACUGCAACGAGUGUGGCAAGGCCUUCAGCCACGGCUCCAACCUCAGCCAGCACCGAAAGAUCCAUGCAGGAGGGCGACCCUACGCCUGCGCACAGUGCGGCCGCCGCUUCUGCCGCAACUCGCAUCUUAUCCAGCACGAGCGCACGCACACCGGUGAGAAGCCCUACGCCUGCUCCCUCUGUGGCGCAACCUUUAGUCAAGGCUCCUCGCUCUUUAAGCACCAGCGCGUGCAUACUGGAGAGAAGCCUUUCUCUUGUCCACAGUGUGGCCGUGCCUUCAGCCACAGCUCCAACCUCACACAGCAUCAGCUGCUGCACACUGGCGAACGGCCCUUCCGCUGCGGCGACUGUGGCAAGGCCUUUGCCAAGGGUGCAGUGUUGCUCAGUCACAGGCGCAUCCACACGGGUGAGAAGCCCUUCGUGUGCACGCAGUGUGGUCGCGCUUUCCGUGAGCGCCCUGCCCUCUUCCAUCACCAAAGGAUCCACACAGGAGAGAAGGCCCUGCGGAGGCCCAGGGGCAGCAUGAACUCCCAGGACAGGUCUCUUGGGGCAUCCUUAGAUGGUGCACCUCCAAAGGCCACUUCUACCUUAGACCCACCAGCAGUACCAAAGAUAGCUGAGGCCUAAGGUCACAGCUGUGCCCUUCUCUGGAAUUCCUUUCACUCACUAUGGAAGAGCGUGUGUUCUCAACAAAUCCAUUGUUAUGUGAGCCAGGUACAAGGAAGACUUGCCAGUCAGUUUCAUUUACAGCUAUAUCCUGAACUGUACUGGAGAGGAAUCUAUAGAAUGCAUGCACCCCCUGGGAAUGGUGGGGUGGGCAGCGACUGCCCCCAGAACUAGUGGGUGACCCACAGACUUUGAUCUUCAUGUUGAUGACACUUCAGUGUUUCCUGACUGUGGCUAUGAAAACAGGAAGAGAGCUCGCAAUAGGCAGGAGCUCUCAAACUAGCAGCUGGAGAUACAGCUCCAGUGCAUUUCGCUUCCUUGGUGCAAGCCUCAGGCAAAUAAAUGGUUUGUUUCUGAAUCUCAGCUUUCUGCUCUGAGAAAUGAGGGAAGGAGAUUUGGACCAGUGGAAGGUGAUGCUAUAAAAUACUCUAGCAGCUGGAUAUAAUGACACAUGCCCUUAAACCCAGGAUUUAGGAGGCAGAGGCAGGUGUGUCUCUUGUGUGUCUUUGUGAGUUUAAGGCCAACCUGGUCUACAUAGUGAGUUCCAGGUCCCAACUAGAGUUACACAGUGAAACCCUGUCUUUAAAAAAUGUAAAUGUUCUAAUAGGAUCCAAAUAAAUCCAAAUAAAGACUCACAGCCAGCCAUGUGCUGGGCGCUGCCCAGUAAGCAGCUGUAGGCCUUGUAUUGGUAUCUCUG